UGCCCUCCCUGAAACCCUGUGUGAUCCUCUGCCCCCGGGGUACAUUGUUUCAUGUCUGUGGCCCUCAUUCUGCUCUCCAUUUGCCUCCUAUAUGGAGCCCUGAGUGACAAACGUGGCUCCACUGGGGGGCCCACACCAGGGAAGUAACCACUAGCCCCAGCCACAGUGUUUGAGGCCGGGAAUCUUAUAGGGCAGGAAAGGGGUAACUGAGACUGACAUUGCCAGAGGCCCAUGAGAGUGGUGUUAAGGCCUGUGAGUGAGGGGGACGUCAGUUAUUGCCCCAAGGGAAUUUACCUUUACCACUUCCUGCAGGAUUAUUGUUCUCCUCCCCUCACCUACUGCCCCCCUUCUAUGUUGCAGGUGACACCCACAGACUGAACAUGACUUCCACCCUCAGCCAAGGAGUGAUCACAGCCCCGCCCCUUCCCAGCAUGCCUCACAAGGAGGGCUACUUUGACCGUAUCAAUGAGAAUGACCCCGGCUACAUCCGCGAGAGGAACAUGUCCCCCGACCUGCGCCAGGACUUCAACAUGAUGGAGCAGAAGAAGAGGGUCACUCACAUCCUAAAGAGCCCCGCUUUCCGUGAUGAUCUGGAGACUCUGAUCCAAGACCAGAUGAUUAAGGGCAACACCCCCACGGAGUUACUGGCGCUGCAGCAGAUUUCCGAUUAUAUAACCGCCAGCUCCCUCUCUGGCUUCUCCUCCUCCCAAUUUGGUGUGGGGAUGGUCACCCCAAUUAACGACAUCCACCCCAUCCUGGAAGCCACAAUGGGCAAAGGAGAGAGGCUGACGCGCUGCAAACUGGCCGGCAUGUACCGACUGGCGGAUCUGUUUGGGUGGGCACACCUGGCCAAUGCCUAUAUAACGGUGAGAGUCACCAAGGAACAAGAUCACAUCCUCAUUAUGCCCAGAGGUCUCUCCUUCUCCGAGGCUUCAGCCUCCAACUUGGUGAAGCUGAACAUAAUCGGGGAGGUGGUAGAACAGGGGAGCACAAACCUGCAGGUCGACCCUUCUGGCUUCAGCCCACACUCCGCCAUUUACUCCACUCGCCCGGAUGUACGUUGUGUCGUCCACAUCCGCACGCCCGCAACUGCUGCCGUCUCCUCUAUGAAGUGUGGAAUCCUCCCCAUAUCCCAGGAGGCCCUGCUGCUGGGGGACGUGGCCUAUUACAAUUACCAGGGGUCUCUGGAUGAGCAGGAGGAGAGGAUUGAGCUGCAGAAGGUGCUUGGGACCAGCGCUAAGGUUCUGGUGCUGAGGAAUCAUGGGGUCCUGGCCCUGGGGGAGAGUCUGGAGGAAGCGUUUCAUUUCAUAUACAAUGUGCAGCUGGCCUGUGAGGUGCAGGUUCAUGCACUGGCUGGAGGCGGAGGGGUUAAAAACCUGGUGUUACUGGAUCUGGAGAAAUUCAAACCCACCACUUACUGCGUUGCUGCGAAUGGAGGGGGCGGAGUAAACAUGGAGGGGGAGCACAAGUGGAAAGUCGGGGAGUUGGAGUUUGAGUCCCUCAUGAGAAUGCUGGAUAAUCUGGGCUACCGCACGGGCUAUUCCUACAGACGCCCCCUGACUCGGGAGAAGCCCCGGCACAAGAGCGAAGUGGAGAUCCCGGCAACUGUCACGGCUUUCUCAUUCGACGAGGAUCCCAUGAUGCAACACUCCCCCCUGAGACUCAUCGCUCAGAAGCAGCAGAGAGAGAAAACUCGUUGGCUCAACUCCCCCAACACCUACAUGAGGGUCCGUGUCCCCGAGGAGUCGUACAGUGGGGAGAUGAGCCCCCGCACCAAGAUCAUGUGGAUGAAGGCCGAGCAGCAGAAUAAGACGAGCAGUGGGUUCCCCAUCAAAAUAGAAGACCCCAACCAGUUUGUCCCACUAAACACCAACCCCACCCACGUCCUGCAGACCAGGAACAAGAUCCGGGAACAGAAUCAAUUUGACCUAAAGACGGCCGGGCCGCAGUCUCAAUAUCUGUCUGGGAUUGUGGUGGAGAAUGCGAGUCCUCAGUAUCAGUUUGAAGAAGACGAAAAUGCUCCCCCACUCCCUCCCAACCCGUUCAGCCAAUUACUGGAAGAGGAGACUGAGGGAUUGGACAGCGAUGAUCUAGAUGCUGAUCCCAAAUUAACCCUUGAGGAUGCUGCACCAAUCGCAAUAACUCAGUCCCCAACCCCGACGCCAGUAAUCAGUACAGAACAAGUGGUGGAGUUGAUGUUCCAGUCGGAAUUGUUGGCCGUGGUGAAUGGGAAGGAGAUCGGGGGCCACGGGGAGGAUCCGAGGGUGCAGGUCGGCCAGAUGAAUGAGGGGGAGAUGUUGGAGAUCACAGUGCGACCCUCAGACAAGAGUAUUGAAGGGGACUUAACCCCCGAGGGCUCACCCUCCAAAUCCCCCAGCAAGAAGAAGAAGAAAUUCCGCACCCCGUCUUUCCUGAAGAAGAACAAAAAGAAGGACAAGCUGGAGGCCUAACGGUCACUUGGGGACAGAUUUUGGGGAGCAGGUUCAGCCCCUUCUCCAGUGUUGGGGGCACCUGGGUCUCAUUGCACAGAAUUUGGCAAAUUUUGCUUCAUUUCCUGGUCUUUCUGGAACACCAGCGUAUUGGGCCCUUCCCAGGGUCUCUCUCCCCGGGGCCCCUGUGCUGCAGAGGUUAGUGCUCCCCAUCUCUUCUCUACAUCCAUUUUCCACUUACAUGGAACAGCCGUGGCCUGCGGAGGGUGCUGGGAGUUCAGUUAGUGCCAAGAGGGGGCAGUUAGUGCACCCCCAGUAUGAGUCUAAGGGGGUCUUUGUCCCCCGUAUAUUGCUAUUGGCUGCAGCAGUGUCCUGUCCAGCACGGAUGUCAUUAGGACUCCCAGCAUCCUCUGUAAGUAGCUUUCCCUCUGUAUCUGUAUGUGGCCCCAGCAUGCCCAUUGGUUACUUACAGAGGGUGCUGGGAGUCCCAAUGUCCAAAAAGCUUCACCCCAUCCCUCUUUAUUAACGUACCUCUGUUGGGGUGGGGACAAUGCUAUAAUAACAUUACCAAAUAUGUCCCCACCUGGGGUGAGUGCCGGCACUUAUUAAUUGAGGUGGAUGGUUCCUCUGCACUGCUGGUCCUGACUCCAUGCACCACUGAUACAAUGUCACACAUGUUCUGAGCUUGAUCAUCUUGGUAACAGAAGGAGAAUCCCAGGAGUGUGCAAAGCAUUGUGGGAAAUGGAGACUUGGCAGGAGGGGAGCUGAAUGCUACACAUUGUUUUCAUGCUCCGUGUAGUCAGAACCAGCAGUGUAGAAAUAGCAAAGGAUGGACAGACACUGCUGUCAGUAACAAUUACACUUAACUAUAAACCCAAUGGGAGUUGGGAAUGGAUAUGGGGAGGUUAUGCAAGAAUUCCAUUCUCUUUUAUAUUGAGGUAAAUUUCCCCUUUAAAAAUAAAGGAAGCAAAAGAAGGAUCACUGGUUUCCCAUGAGCAAAUAAUCCAUAAUCCCAGUUAAUGAGGAAGAUAUUAGGAAUAAUAUACUGGGGCGGGAGUAGUGCAGACAGGGCAGGAGACUGGCCGAGACACAAGGAUCUUCAUUGGCUGUUGGAUUAGGGGCUCAUUAUCCAAUCACUUUCCUCUAACUUUGCAUUAAUGACUCCGGAGUGGCAGCCCAUGGAUACUUGUUACCGCUAUACAUUUUUAUUUCAUUUCUUCUUUUAUCAGCACCUUUCUAUGGGCCCCGGGGCCAUUCUUCAGGGGUCACAUGAUUUUAGUUUUUUUUUAUCAGUUAAUGAAAUGUCUCUUGAGAGAGAAAUGUGCCAUUUAUUUGCCUUACACGGGGGGGGGGGGGCUGCCUUCACUGCCCGGGACAAGCUCCGCCCAGGGCCAUGAUUCUGGGGGAAUGGGGCGGGGCUAUUUACAAAUAGUGGGUGGAGCCUGUGCCUGGUGCUGGGGGGCCUUCAGCUUUGGGGAUAUGGGGCAAAUAGAAAUGUUUUACUGAACCAAAGAUUCCUGCCCAGUUGUGUUACUGGUGUCUUCCUAUUGGUGGAUUGGGCACUAAAAUAGAAGUCUUGUCAUUGGACGAGGGACAGAAUUGAGUGUCCCCUGGGCAAAGCCUUGUGGGUAACGGACCCCACACUCCAAUAGGAGCCCCAUUAGGAAACAUUUAUGUUCAACUAUUUCAGUUCAGUUGUUUUCAGAUUGUUCCCCAGAAAUAAAGACUUUUUUUCAAUUA